UGGAUUCGAACUCUGCCACUCUUUUUUUCGGACGAGGGAGGGACUUCAAAAAUAAAACUGAAACUAAAUUGUUGUAAUUGCAAAUAAUCUUGGAAACUUGGAGCGUUUAAUCGUUGAAGGCAUGACAGAGUAAUUCAUACUGCAAUUUUUAUUGUAAAAAAAAGUGGGAAAAUACUGGUGAUUUAUGGCACAGACUCAGGAAAACGAUGGGGAUAGUUUCACAGAAGAUUGUGUUGUGGGCGCUGCUGUUUAUGACAGAUCAUCAUUUCUCUGAACUGCAUUUCUUGAGUUCAGAUUUAAUGUGCCAGCAGACUGAAAUUCUGGAGGGAGAUAAUAUUUCACUUAAACCGAAAUGGAAGGAAAAUAUAAAUGAGAUUAUAUGGACACUUGAAAAUAACAAGGUGGCUGAAAUGAACGUAAAUGGAAAAGUUAGAUUCUUUAAGCAUUUUGAAGGUCGAGCUCAACUAAAUACUCACACUGGAGCACUGAAUAUUUCUAUGGUACAACUAAAAGAUGGUGGGACCUACAUAUGUGAGCUUAUUGUCAACAAUGGUGUUAUUUUACAGACUAGUAUUGUUCUUCUUGUGCAUCCCCGACUUGAAGCACCACAGAUAAAUUGCAUUAAUGAAAAUACAGCUGUUGACCUUACGUGUGAGACAAGUUCCUCUGAACCUAUCACAUAUCACUGGAAUUUCCAACCUUGUACAACAAAUUCAGAUGACUGUGAAUUGAAGGAUAACAAUGAAAUGAUUACUGUCAGAAAUGCAAUCAGCUACAUGUCGCAGGAAGUUUACUGUACUGUGAACAACAGCCUGCACAGUAUUCGUAGUGAGUCUGUUCUCAUUAGGAAUUGCAUCACAGACUUAAGAGAUCGUUUAUGGUUGGUAUUGCUUUUAUUUGCUGCUACUGGAGCUGCUAAUUUUGCUUCUUUUAUAAUCGUUUUCCUUAAAAGUAUACACAGAUUUGAGAUCUUCUUUCUGUUCCUGUGCCAUAUUGGAAAGGGGGUUUCACAGUUUACCAGAAAGGAGAUCAUGUCUACUUUAGUAAACAUCUUUGCGAAAGUCACUAAAAUUGUGGAUAGUUUCCGUGCAGUUCAUACAGAAUACCUGGAUCUGGCCGAGGCUUUUGACACUCCUUCUCUUUUGGAAUUGUAUGGAAGUAUAAAGACCUCCAUACAGAUCCUUAUAUUUUAA